AUAUCUUCCACCCCUUUGGCUUUUUAGUGGUUGCAAACACAUAUCAUUCAUCCCUAACCUUCACUUCUAUUACUCUCUUUUGCUGCACCAAUUGCAAACGCAUCAAAGGAGGAGUAGUAUAACCACCAUGCCUGCACAAGCUCUGCUAUCAUCUUCAUCUCUUGUCCUCUCAGCGGAGGCUGCCAGACAGACUCUCGGACCACGAUCACACCAAUCUCCCUUUGCCUUCUCCCGAAAAGCCUCCUUCAUUGUUAAGGCAGCUUCUACUCCCCCUGUCAAGCAAGGAGCAGACAGACCUUUAUGGUUUGCAUCAAAGCAAAGUCUUUCUUACUUGGAUGGCAGCCUUCCUGGUGACUAUGGAUUUGACCCUCUUGGACUUUCAGACCCUGAAGGAACAGGAGGGUUCAUCGAGCCGAAAUGGCUAGCGUAUGGUGAGAUCAUCAAUGGUCGUUAUGCAAUGUUGGGUGCAGUUGGUGCCAUAGCACCUGAAAUUCUCGGCAAGGCUGGUCUGAUCCCUCAGGAGACAGCACUGCCAUGGUUCAGAACCGGUGUGAUCCCACCUGCAGGAACAUACAACUACUGGGCAGACUCGUACACGCUCUUUGUGUUUGAGUUGGCACUGAUGGGAUUUGCAGAGCACAGAAGAUUCCAAGACUGGGCGAAACCAGGGUCUAUGGGGAAACAAUACUUCUUAGGACUAGAAAAAGGUCUUGGAGGUUCCGGUGAUCCAGCAUACCCCGGAGGACCUUUGUUUAACCCUCUUGGUUUUGGCAAGGAUGAGAAGUCGUUGAAGGAUUUGAAGCUGAAGGAAGUCAAGAAUGGAAGGUUGGCUAUGUUGGCAAUCUUGGGUUACUUUGUUCAAGCUCUUGUGACAGGUGUUGGUCCAUACCAGAACCUCCUAGAUCAUCUUGCUGACCCUGUUCACAACAACAUCCUGACCAGUCUCAAGUUCCACUGAAUGUAUCAUAUGUUGUUACAUAUUCUUUACUCUCUCGGUUGUUGUUGUACGCAGUUACCAAAACUCAAUCACUUUUCUAUAUCCUCUCUUUGCUCUUUGGUACUGUAUCAUCAUCAUCAUCUGGACAUUUUGUUCCUUGGUGUGCCACUCUAAGAAAUGACAUGUAAAACAAUUAGAA